GCCGGGGCUGGGGGGAGGGAGAGGGGUUGAGUCAAGAUGGCGGCUAAGGUGGCGAAGCAGCAGCAGCGACGGCGUCCGCGGCAGGAGUGAGUGCCCAGCUUGCCGCGCCGACCGAGGUCCGGGUGUGGGGCCGCGCGCCGGCACCGCGUCCUGCCCCUCAGGCCCGGGGGCGCGUCGGCUCCCGCGCUCCGCCAGCUCCUGGUGGUUUCCUAGAAACAUGAUUGUUUGUUGGACUUGAUCUCACAGCCUCGUGAGGACUUCUCUACUGAUAAUGUCAAGUUCAGGUUAUCCUCCCAACCAAGGAGCAUUCAGCACAGAACAAAGUCGUUAUCCUUCCCACUCUGUCCAGUAUACCUUUCCCAACACCCGCCACCAGCAGGAGUUUGCAGUCCCUGAUUAUCGUUCCUCUCAUAUUGAAGUCAGUCAGGCAUCACAGCUUUUGCAGCAACAGCAGCAGCAGCAGCUUCGAAGACGACCUUCCUUGCUUUCAGAAUUUCACCCAGGUUCUGACAGGCCUCAAGAAAGGAGAACGGGAUAUGAACAGUUUCACCCAGGCCCAUCCCCUGUGGAUCAUGAUUCACUGGAAUCCAAGCGCCCGCGUCUGGAACAGGUUUCUGAUUCCCAUUUCCAGCGUGUCAGUGCUGCGGUUUUACCUUUAGUGCACACGCUGCCAGAAGGGCUGAGGUCUACAGAUGCUAAGAAGGACCCAGCAUUUGGAGGCAAACAUGAAGCUCCAUCCUCUCCAAUCUCUGGGCAGCCAUGUGGAGAUGAUCAAAAUGCUUCGCCUUCAAAACUUUCAAAGGAAGAGUUAAUUCAGAGUAUGGAUCGUGUAGAUCGAGAAAUUGCAAAAGUAGAACAGCAGAUCCUUAAACUGAAAAAGAAACAACAACAGCUUGAGGAAGAAGCAGCUAAACCUCCUGAGCCUGAGAAGCCUGUGUCCCCUCCUCCUGUGGAGCAGAAACACCGCAGCAUUGUCCAGAUUAUUUAUGAUGAGAACCGGAAAAAAGCAGAAGAAGCUCAUAAAAUUUUUGAAGGUCUUGGCCCAAAAGUUGAGCUGCCACUCUAUAACCAGCCAUCAGAUACUAAGGUGUACCAUGAGAACAUCAAGACAAACCAGGUGAUGAGGAAAAAACUCAUUUUAUUUUUUAAAAGAAGAAAUCAUGCAAGAAAACAAAGGGAACAAAAAAUCUGCCAACGUUAUGAUCAGCUCAUGGAGGCAUGGGAGAAAAAAGUGGACAGAAUAGAAAAUAAUCCUCGGAGGAAAGCUAAAGAAAGCAAAACAAGGGAGUACUAUGAAAAGCAGUUCCCAGAAAUUCGAAAACAAAGAGAACAGCAAGAAAGAUUUCAACGAGUUGGACAAAGGGGAGCUGGUCUGUCAGCCACAAUUGCCAGGAGUGAGCAUGAAAUUUCUGAAAUUAUUGAUGGGCUCUCUGAACAAGAGAAUAAUGAGAAACAAAUGCGGCAGCUCUCUGUAAUUCCACCUAUGAUGUUUGAUGCAGAACAAAGACGGGUCAAGUUCAUUAAUAUGAAUGGGCUUAUGGAGGACCCUAUGAAAGUUUAUAAAGAUAGACAGUUUAUGAAUGUUUGGACUGACCAUGAGAAGGAGAUCUUUAAGGACAAGUUUAUCCAGCAUCCAAAAAACUUUGGACUAAUUGCAUCCUACUUGGAAAGGAAGAGUGUUCCUGAUUGUGUUUUAUAUUACUAUUUAACAAAGAAAAAUGAGAAUUAUAAAGCUCUAGUAAGAAGGAAUUAUGGAAAACGCAGAGGCAGAAAUCAGCAAAUUGCCCGACCCUCACAAGAAGAUAAAGUAGAAGAAAAAGAAGAGGAUAAAGCUGAGAAAAUAGAAAAGAAAGAAGAGGAAAAGAAAGAUGAAGAAGAAAAAGAUGAGAAAGAGGACUCUAAAGAAAAUACCAAGGAAAAAGAUAAGCUGGAAGGUACAACAGAAGAAACUGAAGAGAGAGAGCAGGCCACACCCCGGGGGCGAAAGACUGCCAACAGUCAGGGCCGCCGAAAGGGGCGCAUUACCAGGUCCAUGACGAAUGAAGCUGCAGCUGCCAGUGCUGCAGCUGCAGCGGCCACCGAAGAGCCUCCUCCACCUCUGCCACCGCCACCAGAACCCAUUUCCACAGAGCCUGUAGAGACCUCUCGAUGGACAGAAGAGGAGAUGGAAGUUGCCAAAAAAGGUCUAGUAGAACAUGGUCGUAACUGGGCAGCAAUUGCCAAAAUGGUGGGAACUAAAAGUGAAGCUCAAUGUAAAAACUUCUAUUUUAACUAUAAAAGGCGACACAAUCUUGACAACCUCUUGCAGCAGCAUAAACAGAAAACUUCCCGAAAACCUCGUGAAGAGCGAGAUGUGUCCCAGUGUGAAAGUGUUGCUUCCACUGUCUCUGCUCAGGAGGAUGAAGAUAUUGAAGCCUCCAAUGAAGAAGAAAAUCCAGAAGACAGUGAAGGUGCUGAAAAUAGUUCUGAUACAGAAAGUGCUCCUUCUCCUUCACCAGUUGAAGCUGUCAAGCCCAGCGAAGAUAGCCCUGAAAAUGCUACUUCUCGAGGAAACACUGAACCUGUGGCUGAGCUCGAGUCCAGCACUGAACCUGCACCUGGUGCAUCUCCCUCCUCAACAGCUCCAGGUACAAAAGCAGCUGAAAAUGAAAGUGUGGAGACUCAGGCGAAUGACAGCAGCAGUGUUGAGACGGCAGAGCCGAUGGAGGUAGAGCAUCAAGAGCGCAGUGACGACGCAGGUUCUAUUCUCGAUCCCCCAGCCACAACCAAAGCAGACUCUGUGGACAUGGAAAUGCGGGUGCCAGAAACCAAUAUAUCUAAAGUUGAAGGUGAUACCAAAGAAGGAGAUUUGGAGAGAGCCAGCGAAAAGAUGGAGCCCAGGGAUGAAGAUUUGAUGUUGGCUCAGCAAAUAAACACCCAAAGGCCUGAGCCCCAGUCAGACAACGACUCCAGUGCCACGUGCAGUGCUGAUGAAGAUGUGGAUGGAGAGCCAGAGAGGCAGAGAAUGUUUCCUAUGGACUCAAAACCUUCAUUGUUAAACCCCACUGGAACUAUACUAGUCUCAUCCCCAAUAAAACCAAAUCCAUUGGACUUGCCACAGCUUCAGCAUCGAGCUGCUGUUAUCCCACCGAUGGUUUCUUGCACCCCAUGUAAUAUGCCAAUUGGAACCCCAGUGAGUGGCUAUGCUCUUUACCAGCGACACAUUAAAGCAAUGCAUGAGUCAGCACUCUUGGAGGAACAGCGGCAGAGGCAAGAGCAGAUAGAUUUGGAAUGCAGAAGUUCUACAAGUCCAUGUGGCACCUCCAAGAGUCCAAACAGAGAGUGGGAAGUCCUCCAAUCUGCUCCACACCAAGUGAUAACUAACCUUCCUGAAGGGGUUCGGCUUCCAACAACUCGACCAACUAGGCCACCUCCUCCUCUCAUCCCAUCAUCCAAAACCACAGUGGCUUCAGAAAAACCAUCUUUUAUAAUGGGAGGCUCCAUCUCACAGGGAACACCUGGCACUUAUUUGACUUCUCAUAAUCAGGCUUCGUACACUCAAGAGACAGCUAAGCCCUCAGUUGGGUCUAUCUCUCUGGGACUGCCACGGCAGCAGGAGUCUGCCAAAUCAGCUACUUUGCCGUAUAUCAAGCAGGAAGAAUUUUCUCCACGAAGCCAAAACUCUCAACCAGAGGGUUUACUGGUCAGAGCCCAGCAUGAAGGAGUGGUCAGAGGUACUCCAGGAACCAUCCAAGAAGGAAGUAUAACUCGGGGAACUCCAACCAGCAAGAUCUCAGUGGAGAGCAUCCCAUCCCUACGGGGCUCUAUCACUCAGGGUACUCCAGCCCUGUCCCAGGCUGGAAUUCCAACUGAGGCUUUGGUGAAGGGGUCCAUUUCUAGAAUGCCACUUGAAGAGAGCAGUCCAGAGAAGGGCAGAGAGGAAGCUACAUCCAAAGGCCAUGUUAUCUAUGAAGGCAAAAGUGGACAUAUCUUAUCAUAUGAUAAUAUUAAGAAUGCCCGAGAAGGGACUAGAAGUCCCAGAACAGCUCAUGAAAUCAGUUUAAAAAGAAGCUAUGAAUCAGUGGAAGGAAAUAUAAAGCAAGGAAUAUCAAUGAGGGACUCUUCUGUAUCAGCACCGUUAGAGGGGCUGAUAUGCCGAGCAUUACCUAGGGGGAGUCCUCAUUCUGACCUCAAAGAAAGGACUGUGCUGUCUGGCUCCAUAAUGCAAGGCACACCAAGAGCAACAACUGAAAGUUUUGAAGAUGGCCUUAAAUAUCCCAAACAGAUUAAAAGGGAAAGUCCUCCCAUACGAGCAUUUGAAGGUGCCAUUACCAAAGGAAAACCAUAUGAUGGCAUUACCACCAUCAAAGAAAUGGGGCGUUCCAUUCAUGAGAUUCCACGGCAAGAUAUUUUAACUCAGGAAAGUCGAAAAACUCCAGAAGUGGUCCAAAGUACAAGGCCAAUAAUUGAAGGUUCCAUUUCCCAGGGCACACCAAUAAAGUUUGACAGCAACUCAGGUCAAUCUGCUAUCAAACACAAUGUGAAAUCCUUAAUCACGGGGCCUAGUAAAAUACCCCGUGGAAUGCCUCCACUGGAGAUUGUGCCAGAGAACAUAAAAGUGGUAGAACGGGGAAAAUAUGAAGAUGUAAAAACAGGUGAGCCUGUACGUUCCCGACACACGUCUGUGGUAAGCUCUGGCCCCUCGGUUCUGAGGUCCACACUUCAUGAAGCUCCGAAAGCACAGCUGAGCCCAGGCAUUUACGAUGAUAGCAGUGCCCGGAGGACCCCUGUGAGUUAUCAGAGCACCAUGUCCAGAGGCUCACCCAUGAUGAACAGAACUUCUGAUGUUACGAUUUCUUCUAGCAAAUCUAACAAUCAUGAAAGGAAAUCCACAUUGACACCUACUCAAAGAGAAAGUAUACCAGCAAAGUCUCCAGUACCCGGGGUGGAUCCUGUCGUGAGUCAUAGCCCGUUUGAGUCCCAUCAUAGAGGCAGCGCUGCAGGAGAGGUUUAUCGAAGCCACCUCCCCACACACUUGGAUCCAGCCAUGCCCUUUCACAGGGCUCUGGAUCCUGCAGCUGCUGCUUACCUGUUUCAGAGACAGCUUUCACCAACUCCAGGUUACCCGAGUCAGUAUCAGCUUUACGCAAUGGAGAACACAAGGCAGACAAUCCUGAAUGAUUAUAUUACCUCACAGCAGAUGCAAGUGAAUUUGCGCCCGGAUGUAGCCAGAGGGCUUUCCCCAAGAGAGCAGCCACUGGGUCUCCCAUACCCAGCAACAAGAGGAAUCAUUGACCUGACCAAUAUGCCUCCGACAAUUCUAGUGCCUCAUCCAGGGGGAACAAGUACUCCUCCCAUGGACAGAAUCACGUAUAUUCCUGGUACACAGAUUACUUUCCCUCCCAGGCCAUACAACUCUGCUUCCAUGUCUCCAGGGCACCCAACUCACCUUGCAGCAGCUGCAAAUGCUGAGAGGGAACGGGAACGAGAGCGGGAGAAAGAGCGGGAACGGAUUGCUGCAGCUUCCUCUGAUCUUUAUCUGCGGCCAGGCUCAGAACAGCCUGGCCGACCUGGUAGUCAUGGAUAUGUUCGUUCCCCUUCUCCUUCAGUAAGAACUCAGGAGACCGUGUUGCAACAAAGACCCAGCGUUUUCCAGGGAACCAAUGGAACCAGUGUGAUCACACCCUUGGAUCCAACUGCUCAGCUUCGCAUCAUGCCACUGCCUGCUGGGGGCCCAUCAAUAAGCCAAGGCCUGCCAGCCUCCCGUUACAACACCGCUGCAGAUGCCCUGGCUGCUCUUGUGGAUGCCGCAGCCUCUGCACCCCAGAUGGAUGUUUCCAAAACAAAAGAGAGUAAGCAUGAAGCUGCCAGGUUAGAAGAAAAUUUGAGAAGCAGGUCAGCUGCAGUUAGUGAACAGCAGCAGCUAGAGCAGAAAACCCUGGAGGUGGAGAAGAGAUCUGUUCAGUGUCUAUACACCUCUUCAGCCUUUCCAAGUGGCAAGCCCCAGCCUCAUUCUUCAGUAGUUUAUUCUGAGGCUGGGAAAGAUAAAGGGCCUCCUCCAAAAUCCAGAUAUGAGGAAGAGCUAAGGACCCGAGGGAAGACUACCAUUACUGCAGCUAACUUCAUAGACGUGAUCAUCACCCGGCAAAUUGCCUCGGACAAGGAUGCAAGGGAACGUGGCUCUCAAAGUUCAGACUCUUCUAGUAGCUGUAUGUAUCUCAAUCUGAGGGCACACUGGAGUAAGAUAUCUAUCUGUCCUCUAUUAGACGAUCCCACCAGGCAGUAUGAAGGACCAUUGCAUCACUAUCGACCCCAGCAGGAAUCACCCUCUCCACAGCAGCAGCUACCCCCUUCCUCGCAGGGAGAGGGGGUGGGACAAGUACCCAGGACCCAUCGCCUGAUCACACUUGCUGAUCACAUCUGUCAAAUUAUCACACAAGAUUUUGCUAGAAAUCAAGUUUCCUCACAGACUCCUCAGCAACCUCCCACUUCUACAUUCCAAAACUCACCAUCUGCUUUAGUGUCUACACCUGUGAGGACUAAAGCAUCAAGUCGUUACAGCCCAGAAGCCCAGGCUCAGUCUGUCCACCAUCAAAGACCAGGUGCAAGAGUAUCUCCAGAAAAUCUUGUGGACAAAUCCAGGGGAAGUAGGCCUGGAAAAUCUCCAGAGCGGAGUCACGUCUCGUCAGAGGCCUACGAGCCCAUCUCCCCGCCCCAGGUUCCAGUUGUGCAUGAGAAACAGGACAGCAUGCUGCUCUUGUCUCAGAGGGGAGCAGAACCUGCAGAGCAGAGGAACGAUUCCCGCUCACCAGGGAGUAUAAACUACUUGCCUUCCUUCUUCACCAAGCUUGAAAACACAUCACCCAUGGUUAAAUCAAAGAAGCAAGAGAUUUUUCGUAAGUUGAACUCCUCUGGUGGAGGUGACUCUGAUAUGGCAGCUGCUCAGCCAGGAACUGAGAUUUUUAAUCUGCCAGCAGUCACUACGUCAGGCUCAGUUAGUUCUAGAGGCCAUUCUUUUGCUGAUCCUGCCAGUAAUCUAGGUUUAGAAGACAUUAUCAGGAAGGCUCUCAUGGGAAGCUUUGAUGACAAAGUUGAGGAUCAUGGAGUUGUCAUGUCCCAAUCUGUGGGAGUAGUGCCCGGUACUGCCAACACCUCAGUUGUGACCAGUAGUGAGACCCGGAGAGAAGAAGGGGACCCAUCACCGCAUUCAGGAGUUUGCAAACCAAAGCUGAUCAGCAAGUCAAAUAGCAGGAAAUCUAAAUCUCCUAUCCCUGGGCAAGGAUACUUAGGAACAGAACGGCCCUCUUCAGUCUCUUCCGUGCAUUCAGAAGGGGAUUACCAUAGGCAGACACCAGGGUGGGCCUGGGAAGACAGGCCCUCUUCAACAGGCUCAACUCAGUUUCCUUAUAAUCCUCUGACUAUGCGGAUGCUCAGCAGUACGCCACCAACACCGAUUGCAUGUGCUGCCUCUGCUGUGAACCAAGCAGCUCCUCACCAACAGAACAGGAUCUGGGAGCGAGAGCCCGCCCCACUGCUCUCAGCACAGUACGAGACACUGUCAGAUAGCGAUGACUGAACUGCGGAGAAGGGGCAGGGACAGGGUGCAGUGGAGGGAUCUCUAGUUUUUGGUGAUUUUAUUUUUAAUUACAAGUAAAAAACCUGCCCUCCUAUGGCUUGUGCCCAGAGACUUUUCAGGAGAGCCAGGGCUACAAAUGAUGAAGAAAUGAUGGAAAAUCAUUUGGAGAGUCAAACAAGAAAAAAACAUAAACUGCCUUUGAUACAGGCAAUUUCAGUGGACUAUACUAAUAGUGGAGGUUGAAAUGUAGAGUUUUUAAAAAGUGGACAAUUUCUGUUCCUACAUCUGUUUGUAAAGAAAACCAUAAUGUCUUUAAAUCAAUCUUCUGUAAAUAGAUUACAUUUUUGCAGUGUAUCCCCUUGCUAUAUUAUACGGUGUACUUAUGUUCAAAUCAGCGCAUCAACUUUGGGGGUAAUUUUUAAAAAUCUUUUUGUCUAUCUUUUUAACCGUAGCCUUCUAAACAACCUCAUACAGCCUAAUUACAUAAUGCUGGCUGUCACGGGCAUUGUACUUUUAUCUGAUUUUGUUUCCUCUAAAUUUAGUUUCCCAGUGAUGUUUAAAAUCUUGUGAAAAUGUUUAGAUUUUUAACACAGACCCUGUCACAAAAUCUGUACAUUAAGGUCAAAAGGUAGGAGCAACAAAAUUCUGCCAUAUUGUAAAUUUCCAAUGCAGGCUUUAAUUUUUUUUCAUUAGUAGCACUGAAAAAAUAUUACUGCAUGGGUAUGUUGAGUUUAUCAAGUUUAAAAGGCUUAUUUGAGGCAUACCUCACUGUUAAUGCACACUGGUAACUUAACCACGCCCCUGAGAAUUCCUUUUCUUUCUGCAUUUGAUGCAGCCCACGAAGCUUUUGUUUUGAAAUAAAUUUGACUACCCUGUCCAUA